UGUAGUGUACUGAGUAUUUGUUCUUAUUGUAUAAUUUAUGUAUUGUGACGUCAUCAUUUACUUCCUGUGUUGCUGUAUUUAUACUUGAGUUUUGUCAUUAAUAUCAGUCUCUUUGUGCAAGUAAUUCUGAAUGAUUGUUAUUACUUAUCGUGCUUGAACUAACUAAGUCAAUACACGACAGUGGCGACGAGGAUUAACGGAUCAUGGCAACUACGCUGAUGGGGCACAUAGAGGCUUUCGAGCCUGAGGCAGACGAUUGGCCGCAGUAUGCAGAAAGAAUGGAAGAGAUGUUCGUAGCAAAUGAGAUGGUAGGAGAGGGUAUGGCCGAGAAGAGACGAUCUGUGUUUUUGUCCGUGGUGGGAAAGCGUACCUACAACAUCCUGCGAAGCCUUCUCUCACCAGACAAACCUUCCACUAAGACGUUCGAGGAGUUGACGGCAGUACUGACGAGUCACUUCAGUCCACCGCCAUCAGAAGUGAUCCAAAGGUUCAGAUUCUAUGGCAGAUCAAGACAACCAGGAGAGUCAGUGUCAGCGUUCAUAGCUGAGUUGAGGAAGCUGACAGAAUAUUGCAACUUUGGAGCAUCAUUGAAUGCAGCGUUGAGAGACCGAAUAGUCGGCGGAAUCAACAAUGAGGCAACACAGAAAAGACUCCUGGGAGAGCGAGCAUUGACUUACCAGAGAGCAGUAGAGAUUUCCCAGAGUGUGGAGACGUCAGACGCUAACCUAAGGGAGAUGAAGCCUGUCCCUAUCAAGACAGAGCCAGUAUUUCAGAUUGGCAGGGAGAGACAAGAGACUCAGACAGCCAAUAAACUGACACAAUGUUCACGCUGUGGUACUGAGGGACAUUUACCGACUACAUGUCGGUUUAAAGACAAAUAUUGCAACUUUUGCAAAAAGAAAGGCCACAUUGCUCGAGUGUGUAGAAAUCGACUACAGCAGGCAGAGGCAUGGAGGCCCAAGCACUCAAGAAAGAACGUUCGAUACCUAGAGGAAGAAACUACUUCAGAGAGUGAAGAUGCCGAAGACUACAUCAAGAUGGUGGCUGAUAUCUCUCAAGUCAAGAGGAGAGAAAGGUCACCACCCAUCAGAGUAACAAUGUCUGUGAGUGGGGUAGACCUAGAUUUUGAAGUAGAUACAGGUGCCUCUGUUAGCCUCAUGGGAGAAGCUGAUUACUCUAAGUUGUUCCCCAAACACCCACUAGUACAAUCUGAGGUCAGACUACAGACUUACUUGGGAGAACCUAUCUCUGUUGUUGGUAGUGUUGUGGUUAAGGUUGAAUAUGGAGGUCAAACCGCUGACUUACCACUGAUUGUUGUCAAGGGAAAUGGUCCCACAUUGCUUGGUAGGAAUUGGUUGAAGGCUAUUAGGUUGGAUUGGCAGUCUAUCUAUUAUACUGAGCCUGCUGGGUUGCCCAAGGUACUAGAGAAGUACAGUGAGAUAUUUGAAGAUGGCCAAGGCACCUUCAAGGGGUAUGAAGCCCAUUUAGAAAUCAAUCCAAAUGCCCAGCCUCGUUACAACAAAGCCAGGACCAUACCUUAUUCUAAAAGAAAAGGGGUUGAAGAUGAACUAGACCGCUUAGUUGCUGAGGGCACACUGGAGCCCGUUGAGUACUCCGACUGGGCAGCACCCAUAGUGGCAGUAUUGAAGGCCGACAAGAAAACUAUCCGAAUUUGUGGCGAUUUCCGAACAACUGUGAAUUCAGUAUCGAAACUGAACCGUUACCCAAUACCGAGGGUAGAAGAUCUGUUUGCCGGUUUAGUGAAAGGAAAAACAUUUUCUACCAUUGAUCUUAAACAGGCGUACCUACAAAUGAAGCUGGACGCUCAAUCUCGGAAGUACGUAGUGAUCAACACUCACAGAGGCUUAUUUAGGUACACUCGCUUGCCUUAUGGUGUCAGCUCUGCACCAGGCCUCUUCCAAAGGGCAAUGGAGCAGAUGCUCCGUGGCAUUCCAGGUGUUGUCGUGUAUAUGGAUGACAUUCUGAUCACGGGCCAAACCAAUGUCGAGCAUUUGAACUCGUUAGAAGAGGUGCUGAGAAGACUUACCGAAGCUGGACUGCGAGCUAAAAAGACCAAAUGCCACUUCAUGGAGCCGCAAGUUGUUUUCCUUGGACAUGUUGUGGAUGAGAAAGGGUUACACCCUAUGCCGAGCAAGACGAAGGCUAUCCAAGAGGCACCAAAACCGAAGAACGUGACAGAGCUCAAGUCCUAUUUAGGAUUGCUAACCUAUUACGGAAAAUUUAUGGGGAACCUGUCCACUACUCUAGCACCGCUAUACACCCUGUUGAAAAAGAGCACAACGUGGAAUUGGUCUACAGACCAAGAAGAAGCGUUCCAAAAGUCCAAACAGUUGCUAACCUCCUCAAACCUAUUAGUUCGGUUCGACCCAACACUGCCGAUUGUGUUGGCAUGUGAUGCCUCUCAGUACGGUAUUGGGGCAGUACUCGCCCAUACGAUGCCAGAUGGUUCCGAACGACCAGUUGGAUACGUCUCGAGGACCUUGAACGAUGCUGAAAAGAACUAUGCUCAGCUAGAGAAGGAAGGGCUAGCCCUCGUCUUUGGAGUCAAGAAGUUCUAUUCCUACUUGUUUGGGCACCCCUUCACACUGAUCACAGACCACAAACCUCUGUUGGGACUACUGAGUGAGUGCAAGUCUACAUCACCCCAAGCAUCAGCCAGAGUAAAAAGGUGGUCACUCUAUUUGUCGAUGUUCGAAUAUAUGCUCACUUUCCGGAACACUACAGCUCAUGCAAACGCUGAUGCAUUGUCACGCUUGCCACGGGCCAAGCAACCCAAGAAACAUCUCAAACCAGCUGAAUUAGUAUUAUUGGCAACGCAUCUCGAAAACUCUCCUGUGUCCGCGGAACAAAUCGCUGAAGCCACACGGAAGGACCCGGUGCUCUCCACGAUAUCACAAUAUGUGAAUCAGGGCUGGCCUAGAGCAACUAUCCCCGGUCAACCACAGCUGAGAGCGUAUUUUGACAAGAAGAAUGAAUUAUCGACCUUCGAAGGAUGUUUGUUGUGGGGAUCCAGGGUCAUAGUUCCAAAGCCGUGCCAAGAAGCAGUCCUCACACAAUUACACGAGGGACACCAAGGAAUUGUCCGAACGAAGGUUUUAGCCCGCAUGUACGUAUGGUGGCCAGGAAUCAAUCAGGACAUUGAGAGAACCGUGAAACAAUGUCUCCCAUGUCAGAAGAUCCGAGCUGAGCCAACCGAAGCUCCUUUGCACUCCUGGAGCUGGCCCACCAGGCCUUGGGCACGUCUACACUUGGACUAUGCUGGCCCUGUAGAAGGAAAAAUGGUAUUAGUAGUGAUUGACGCCCACACGAAGUGGAUCGAAGCAAUUCACACAUCCACAGCAACCUCCACGGCUGUAAUCGAAACAUGCAGAGAGAAGUUUGCUCAGUUUGGACUGCCAGAGACUGUGGUGACGGAUAAUGGAAGUUGUUUUACCAGUGCUGAGUUUGCAGCGUUCCUCAAGGCCAAUGGUAUUCACCACAUCACGACAGCUCCAUACCACCCUGCCUCAAACGGAUUGGCCGAAAGAGCGGUGCAAAUCGUCAAAGCAGGACUGAAGAAGAAUCAGGAAGGAACUUUUCGUUCUAGGCUGAGCAAAACUCUUGCUGCACAUAGAGUGACCCCUCAUGCUACCACAAUGAAGGCUCCUUCUGACUUGUUACUCGGAAGACGAAUUCGAACGAGACUCGAUUUUCUACGGCCUAAUACAGCAGAGAGGGUUGAGAAACAACAAUCACGACAGAAGAAAGAUCACGAUAACCAUUCAAAGUUACGAGUUUUAAGUGAAGGGUCAAUGGUAUUUGUUAGAAAUAUGCCCUCUGGAGAAAAGUGGAUCCCUGGGGUUGUGCUGAGCUCACGAGGAAACGUUUCCUAUUCAGUGAAACUGGAAGGUGGCAGGAUCCGGAAAUGUCACAUUGACCAAUUGAGACAGAGGCAUGUCGAAACCGAGAGGGUGGAACCUUGCAUACCGGAGGAUGCCCCCGAAGAAGCGACUGUGCCGGCUAACAUUGAAUCCACUUCGGAACAAAAGGCUGAUGAGAAUGUUGAAGGCAUCCCACCAGAUAGUCGAAAAGAGUAUCCGAAGCGGGCUCGCCGUCCAGUGGAGUGGUAUGACCCCUCGUUCGUAUAAUGGACUUAUAAGUUAAAACUGUGACAUUUAGUUGAUAGACCUUCAAUGUAAGGGGGAAGGAAUGUAGUGUACUGAGUAUUUGUUCUUAUUGUAUAAUUUAUGUAUUGUGACGUCAUCAUUUACUUCCUGUGUUGCUGUAUUUAUACUUGAGUUUUGUCAUUAAUAUCAGUCUCUUUGUGCAAGUAAUUCUGAAUGAUUGUUAUUACUUAUCGUG